ACGACAUCGUCGGCAAAAAAGUGCCGUGGGACGCAGCGCAGCAGCGAGCUCGUGAUAUCGAUUGCCAAAAAACACCUUUCAAGGUGGUGGAUUCGAUUCCAGUGCACGUCGGUCCGCCACAGCCCACGCCCACCGACGCGCCGGGUCCGCCACAGCUCACGCCGCCGACGCGCGCAACAAUAUGGCCGACGCCCCCCCACCACCAAAAACAAAUGACGGCAAGCUCCAGCAGCUCCUGGGCCUGGCCAAGGAGCGCCUCCAAGCGCAGCAAGCAGCACUCACGAGCCGCGACGCCACAAUAAAACAACUCAGAGAAGAUUUAGAGAGAGAGCGGAAGCGCGAAAAGACGUUCGGCGUGACGAGUAGCGAAGGCGAGCCGGCGCGCGCGUUAUGUGUGGUCAAUAGUCGAGAUAUAAGCGACAGGGAGGGCCGCUGGGCGCUCUUCGAGUUCGAGUCCGACGACGGUGUACUGCCCCCGGAAUGGCGCCACUUCCCCAGCAAAGCCUCCUUAGAUGACUUCGUACGAAGGGACCCGGGGCGCGAACCUCUUACAUUACCUGAGCCGGCGCUAGAUCCGCACACGGCGUCGAAACUGCGUAGAACUGCUGAAGACGACGUGCAAAAGGCGCGAGCGGAAUUACGAGAAGCGAAGUCCAGGUUUGCGGUCGACAAGGCGAGGCUGGAUGGGUUAUUGAGAGAUGCGACACGGAGCCGAGUGCGAGACGACGACGCCGAGCUCAAGAAGAGGCGCGACGCGCUGCUCGCCGCGACGGCGCCAAGUGAUCAGAAGUCCUCCGAGGAACUGCUGUUGAGAAAACGGGUCGAGGAGCUCACGCAGGAGAACGCGCGGCUCAAGCAGCCGUCUCCCACGACAACCAACAGUGAUGGUGAUCUCGCGCUCAAGUAUGACGCCCUCCGAAGGGAGUACAAAUUAUACAGAGCGAACGCGCUGAAGGCCUUGCAGGAACAGAAAGCUUUAGCUGCGGACGCCGCCAAGGGCCUCCAACUCGCCGAUUUAGGGAGGAGAAAACCCGCGGGAAACGUGAGAGAAAAUGAUCAGAUGGCGUAUCUGAAGAAUUUGAUGGCCCAGUACCUGGUCUGUGCCGAGGAGGCGCCGAAGCAGCACAUGGAGCGGGCGGUCAUGACCGUGCUGGGCUUCACGGAUUCGGAGCGGGAGCGCGUCGCGACGAAGCGCCAGGAGAACGAGUACGAGCAGUCGUCUGCUUUAGCCGCGUGGUUCUCGCAGACGCCCGCGCCAUCAGCUUAGUUAAUUACAACAAUGUGUU